AUGGCUUCUCAAAGUCUGGAAGACAUCAUGUCCACAUGUGGCGUGGACCCAACAAUAGCAUCACAGCUGGUGCAAGAUGGAUGGACAACUCAGUCCUUCGCGUGUGCAGCCUUAGACCUUGAGUCUUUUGACAGGCUUUGGCAGGACCUUUUUGCUGAUACGGAACUCAGUUUGCUUCAAAAGGCAUCAGUGCGUGCAGCGUUCAAAAUGUGUCAAUCCGCUUUGCAGUCAGUGGCGGCUCCGUCAGCCCCAUCAUCGGCGUCCGCAUCAGGUGACCCCAUGACUAGCCAAAAUUCAUGGGCCGAAAGUUUCCCUCCAAAGUUGGAUUCCUCAGUGAUUGACCAGUUGAAAGCCAAAUUUCUGGCUAGUUACCCGUCAGAGUUGGUAAACCAUGACACCAUGCCAAGCACGAGACUCCUCAGCCUUGUUCACCACCAGCUUCUGAAGAAGCAAUGGGCCUGGAUUCCUUGGAAAUACAGGCUAACGAUGGCUAAAGCUGAUGAGAUUUCCUCCCAGCGGCAAACCAAGAUGCCCAAAUUGGAAUUGGCUUCAUUGCAUAACCUGUUGGUUGAUGAACCUCCCUCAAUAGAUAUUUCCAAUUCAGGUUUUGGGGUCAAUGCGGUACGAAAUUUGCUGGCAGUUCAUGACAUGGCAGUUGCAAUGUGUGGAGGUGCACACCUGGCCAAUUUAAAGGCUUACUCGGCCAAAUUUCUGGGCUUCUUGACGCAGAAGGUGGAUCCGGAAACGAUGUUGAGGUGUGCAUCCAUUACUGAAGCGCAGGCCGCAGACAGACAGAUUUGUGCAGCAAUAGCAGAUUUAAUGGCUGAACGCAACUGGGACAUGGACAAUUGCCUGCAUGAGUUCACUCAUAUUCGUCAUGAUUUGCCAGGUCUGUUGCAGCUCCGUCCACGUCCAGCCAAAGCCCAGUCCUCCUCUCAACCUUGGACUGAACCGGAAGUGCAGGAAGUGGCCAUGGCGACAGGUUCCACUACUCCAGCACCAGCAGCGACAGUGGCAUAUGGCGCUGCUUCUCCUUCCUGCGCCCACUACUCUCGGCUGAAACUGCAUCGACCUGGUCCGAAAGCCUUGAGGACACCGGAAGCUAUGCAAGGUGUCCCUGGAUUGACAAGUGAAUAUCUGAGUAGACAAACAGCUUGCUACCCGGAGGAUCUGGCUACAGCCUUUGCCGAGCGAGUAGCUGAUGAGCCACCACUGUCGGCCCAUUUGACGAACUGGCAGAGCGCUGACGAUGAUAUCAUGUUGACCAGGAUGCACAACAGCGAUAUCCGUUGGGCGUUGCGCUGGGCAAACUUGGCAUUGCCCAUGCAGAUGGGCGACCUCCACGACUGGUCUUAG